AUGAAUCACAACACCAACGACAACAGCUCGCCACCACCAGAGAAGAGGCCUCCUGGGUUCUUCAUCGUUCUUUGUUCUCUUAUGCUCGCCGCCCUUCUCUCAGCCAUCGACGGCUCCAUCGUCGCCACUGCCCUCCCCACGGUCUCUCGUGAGUUGAGCCUCGGCGCCUCGUACAUCUGGGCAGUGAACCUGUACUUUCUCCUCUCGGCCGCGCUGCAACCCCUCACGGGGCAACUCUCGGACCUGUACGGGCGCCGGGUUGUCACCAUGUCCUCGGUGGCCGUGUUCACGGUCGGCUCGGCCAUGUGCGGCGCUGCCAACGACGCGGCCCUGUUCAUCGUCGGCCGCGCCGCGCAGGGCAUCGGGGCCGGCGGCAUCAACAUGAUGAUCGACAUGGUGAUCUGCGACGUGAUCCCGCUGCGGGAGCGCGGCAAGUACGUCGGCGUCAUGCACGGCGUCAUCAGCGGCAUCGCGGCCCUCGGACCCCUCAUCGGUGGUGCCUUGGCCGAUCGGGGCUGGUGGCGCGGCAUCUUCCUUCUCAACGUGCCCAUCGGCGUGCUUUGCCUCGUCUGCCUGGGCAUAUGGCUUCGCGUCAAGACCCCUCCGUCGGAGGAUGGCCGGCUGACGCUGCUCCAGCGCGCGCAGAGAGUGGACGUCGGAGGGACGGUCAUCCUGUUCAUGGCCACGGCCUCGACCCUCUACGCGCUUGCCUACGGCGGCGGGGCAAAACCCUGGAGCGACCCCAGCAUCAUCGCCACGCUCGUCUUUUCCUUCGUCGGCAUGGGGUGCUUCACGCUGUGGGAGUGGCUUGCACCUCCCUGCAGGAAGCACGGAUGGGCCGUCAUACCGCUGCGGCUCUUUUCAAACAGGACCAGCGCGAGCGCCUUCUUUGUGAGCUUCACGUCGGCCAUCGUCACCUACUGGGCCUUCUUCAUGUUCCCCGUCUUCUUCCAGGGCGUGCUCGGCGCCAGCCCCACCCAGUCUGGGUACAUGAUCUUCCCGCUCUCCGCUCCCUUUGCACCCUGUGCCAUGAUCGCGGGCAUCGUCAUGAGCAAAACGGGACGGUACAAGCCCAUUCACGUCGUGGGCUUGGGCUGCAUCACGGCCGGGUUUGCGCUUGCUGCUUCGCUCGGGGCCAGCUCCAACAAGCCCGGGACGACGGCCACCUGGGUAAUUGCCGAGCUGCUCAUGGCUGCUGGCAUCGGCGGCAUCAUGACGUGUCUUUUGCCCGCCGUCCAAGCAGAGCUGAGCGACAAGGACACUGCGGCCAGCACGGGGACUUGGGCGUUUGUGAGAAGUUAUGGCAUGAUCUGGGGCACCUCGGUACCGGCCGCACUGUUCAACGACCGGUUCGAGCAGCUACUGUGGACGAUAGAUGACGCGAGCACCCGUGCACUGCUGGCACACGGAGAGGCAUAUUCCCGCGGUCCUGCUAUUGUUCAUACGCUGCCUGACGACAUCAAGGCUCAGGUCGUUGAUGUCUUUACCAAGUCUAUGCAGCGCGUUUGGCAAAUUGGCAUUGCUUUUGCUGCCGUCUCGUUUCUUGUUGCCACAUUUGGCAUGAGGGAAGUCCCCAUGCGUCAAAGGUUGGAUGUAGUUGAUUUCGGCAUGGAGGCAGAAGCUGGUAAAGGUGGCAAAAACAAGGAAACGAGAGAGGAUAAAACAUGUGCUCAACGGAAGUUACGGAACUAG